UGUAGAGGCGCAGACAGUUUCUUGGACGGGGUUGCCGUAAAAAAAUCAGCUGAGUGAAGGGGCUCACCCUGCCAAAGUUUAGCGUGGAAACGUUGCUUUCUUAACUAACUUUACCAUCCGACUGGUUUGAGACUUAACUUUAUCAAGAUUCAUGUUAUUUCUGACAGCGGCAUUAACCGAUUUAUAGCUGUUAGUGGUUAGCAAACACCAAAACCCUCCUCGAAUCAAGGUUUUUAACUGUUAAAUAAGUGAAACGGAAAACAAACCCACACCAACAUCGAGUCUUAGCUUCACGUCUCAUUCUGAGCUGCAAUCAGAUGAAAAUGCAUCCCUGAAGGAUUGGGUUAUAUUUCUGUUUACCUGAACAGCUGAGGGACUUCCAGCCUGUCCGCCGGUCCCCUUGGACCAGCUCCAGGGAUUAGUUGGAGGGGCAGCAGGUCAGGUGGGAUUCAGGAUGCCUCUGUUCUUCAGGAAGAGGAAGCCCAGCGAGGACUCCCAGAAGAGGCUGGAGCAUCAGCUGUACUGGUCAAAUCAAGAAGGAGCGGACGACAUCCUGGACAUCUCAGGAUGUGAACUAACAGAGGUGCCGUCGAAGGCGUUUUCCAUCUGCAAGGUGCAGCAGAAGAAGGUGCUGAUCCUCCACACCAACGAGCUGAAACACCUGCUGCCCAAAGGAUGUGACAUCAGCUGCCUGUCCACCUUAAAGGUUUUGGAUCUGCAUGAGAAUAAGCUCAGCUGUCUCCCUGAGGAUAUCGGAAACCUGACCAAGCUGCAGAUCCUGAAUGUGGAGAAGAACCGUCUGAAGGCCCUGCCUGAGUCCAUCGGGAGGCUGCAGCUCCUGCAGACGCUCAACCUGAAGGGUAACUGUCUGAGUGAGCUGCCGCCGGCUGUAGGUUCCCUCAGCAGCCUGCGUACUCUGGACAUCAGUGAUAACGCCAUCCUGCAGCUGCCCACACAUCUGGCCUACGUCCGCACGCUGGAGAGCUUCACGCUGGACGCCGCCGCCAUGACCUACCCGCCGGCAGACGUGUGCGCUGAGGGAACGGAGAGCAUCCAGCGCUUCCUGUGCAGCGAGCUGGGGGAGGAGUACUGCGCUCCGUCUCAGUACCUGCUGCCCGUGCUGGAGAGCGACGGCGGCGGCGGCCAGUGCUCGGACUGUCUGGACGGUCUGGAGGAGGCCUGGCAGAGUAAAUUCAGCGACUAUGAGAGGAAAAAGGAGCAAAAGCUGCAGGAGAAGUUGGCGGUUGAGCGCCACCUAGAGGAGAAACACCGGGAGACGACCCAGCUUCUCCUCAUGAACAACUCCCACAAGGAAAACAUCCUGAAUUCAGUGCGACAGGACCAGGAGCGCGUGGAGCAGGGCUUCAGCCUGCAGCAGAGGGCGCAGGAGGCCGAGAGGCAGCUGGUGCUGGAGAAGGUCCGUCAGGCCGAGGACAACAUCAGCGGCCGCAUCAGCAGCAUGUUGAUGGACAACAGCAGGCAGAAGAAGAGCGCAGAGUUCCUUCAGGCCAUGGAGGAGGAACGGAUCCGAAUGGAGCAGCUGACGGCCAUCACCCAGGAGGAGGCCAGCUCCCUGCGGAGGAGGGACGUAGCAGCCGCCAUGCAGAAGAUGCUCUCAGACAGCUACGCCAUGUGCGUCCUCCAGGAGGCCAGUGACUGCCGCAGACAGAGUCUGGUCUCUGAGGCCUACAGGAGCAUGGAGACUCUGGACAGGAAGUUUGAGCGGAUGCUGUCGCUCCAGGUUUUGGACAAAUCCAAAGCCAUCGCUCAGAUCCUGCAGGAGGAGGAGAUGCAGAAAGCUGCGUUCCAGGCUCUGCAGCUGCAGAAAGACGCGGUCCACGGUUACAUCCGCAGUCAGAUCAAGCUCAUAGAGGCCGAACUCAUGCAGCUGACUAAACUGGAGAUUAAAAGACGCAGUCUGGAUGCUGAGAACCUGCAGGAGGUUCUGGGCGAGCAGCGCACCGCCCUCGGCGAUUUGCUGCAGCAGCUGCUGAAGCAGAGGGACCAGAGGGAGCAGGAGCUGCUGCAGGUUCUGGUGGAGAUGGAGAAGAAGUCGGACUCCAACCAGGAGAACUACUGGAUGAUUCAGUACCAGCGCCUGCUGGACGCCAAGCCGCUGUCGCUGCGCAUGCAGGAGGCGGGUCUGGAGAAGGAGCUGGUCAACAUGAUGUGCAGAAUGUCGGCCCAGCACCACCUGCCCACCCUGGCCCAUCAUCACAUCACCACCGAGGCGCUGCGCCACAUGCAGGCUGCAGACCUGAAGAAGCUGGGCAUCAGUGAAGCUGGGAUCCAGAAGGCGCUGCUGAGCUGGGCCCGGGAGCGCCAGCCUGCAGGAGCCUGCAAAGCUGUCCAUAAGGGAGAGGAGGUACGCCCCACUGCUCCGACACCGCCCCCCUCCCCAUUUCUUCCCUCCACCACGCACACCCCCAGCCCGCCACGAUCCCCCGCGACCCCAGGGACCCCCGUCACCCCGUCGGCCCCUGCACCCGUGGAGGGACCCGGCAGCUCAGAGUGUGUGGUCUGCAUGGAGACUGGGGCUCAGGUGAUCUUCCUGGUGUGUGGCCACGUCUGCUGCUGCCAGGUGUGCAGCGACGCCCUGCAGAACUGCCCUCUGUGCCGCAGCAGCAUCAGCCAGCGCAUCCGGCUCUACCAGAACUGAGAGCCGGACCGAACGGCUCCUCCUGCCCACCGACCGCCUCGCUCUCUUAUUUAUGCAUGACGCUGGAGCUGCUGUGAGCAAACGUGUUUGUGAAGCGCUGAGCCACAUCGGACCACCAGAACUUUGUCGUGUUUCUGUCCUUUAGUCUCACUUUUAUUUGUGUUCUGAGCCCAGAGAGGAAACUCUGCCCUGCAGGUGAUGUUUGCCUUUGAGCAGCUGAAUCUCUCCAGGUUGGCACAAUUUUAACAUUUCUCACCACAGUAGCAGAUCAUAAAAUCAAACGUCCAUUUCUGAUUGGCUACCGGACUUUAACUCACGUUUUAUCCCACUUUCAUCACCAUGUUUUUUUUUUUUAAUAGACAUAACGUGAAUCAUUAUAAAGAGUCGAAUAUCAGCAAAAGGACAACAAUGAUGAAAAGGGAGUUCCUGUACUUUAAUAAGCUUAUUUCUAGUUACUUAGUGUUUUAUUCUUUGGGUGUUUUAACCCAAAUAAAAAGGUUGAAUUAACUCUUUGUCAGCAGACACUCAGUCACAUAAAGCACUUUAUUACCCCCUCUCCCCCUCCCAAAAAAGUCCUGUUUAUGGAUUUUAAUAAGAAAAUAUAAGUCCUUAGAAAAUGUUAAGUAAGCACACGCUGUCUAUUAGGUUUUAUUCCCAGAACAGGAUAAAAAGUCCUUUUAAAUGAGUUCAGUCAGCAACAUUUCACAGAUUAAAGCCUUUCAUUGGUCAGUGAACUAAAAAGUUGAUGUUAAUCCUUCUGCUUGUAUAAAAUGCUGAGGCAACAUUUACCUCAUUCAUGGAGCCUGAGGAGUCGGUGAUGUUUGUGUCCUGGUGUGUAAAGCUGUAAAAGGAAGGCUGUGUGAGAACAGCGCUCGUCUGCAGCCUUCCUUUACGCUCUUAUUCUCUAUAAAGUGCUCUUAUCUCUUCAGUGUUUUCCAGGAAGUCUCUGCGCCGCCUGUAAACGGAGCAGCCUCAAUCAUUUAGGGGAUUUUCACGUCACUGUAUAUCAGAUAUUUAAUGCUACAAUAAAAUACAACCUGUAACCA